AUGACCGAGUCUACAGUUCAGAGCAAUAUAUUCGGCGGUCUGGACGAGAGCCUGCUGGCCCGCGCGGAAGCUCUGGCGGCGGUGGAUAUCGUGUCCCCGGGCAAGAGCCACCACCACCACCCGCCCCACCACAGCCCCUUCAAGCCGGACGCCACCUACCACACCAUGAACACCAUCCCCUGCACCUCGGCCGCCUCCUCCUCCUCCGUGCCCAUCUCGCACCCGUCCGCCCUGGCCGGCGCGCACCACCACCACCACCAUCACCACCACCACCACCAGCCGCACCAGGCGCUGGAAGGGGAGCUCUUAGACCACCUCACUCCCGGGCUGGCGCUCGGGGCCAUGACGGGACCGGACGGCUCGGUGGUGUCCACCCCAGCCCACGCUCCCCACAUGGCCAGCAUGAACCAUAUGCACCAGGCGGCUCUCAGCAUGGCCCAUGCCCACGGGCUGCCCUCUCACAUGGGCUGCAUGAGCGACGUGGACGCGGAUCCGCGGGAUUUGGAAGCCUUUGCCGAGAGGUUCAAGCAGCGGAGGAUCAAGCUGGGGGUGACCCAGGCGGACGUGGGCUCUGCCCUGGCCAACCUGAAGAUCCCGGGCGUGGGCUCCCUGAGCCAGAGCACCAUCUGCAGGUUCGAGUCCCUCACCUUGUCCCACAACAACAUGAUCGCCCUCAAGCCCAUCCUGCAAGCCUGGCUGGAGGAGGCGGAGAAGUCUCACCGGGAGAAGCUCACCAAGCCCGAGCUCUUCAAUGGGGCGGAGAAGAAGAGGAAGCGCACCUCCAUCGCUGCUCCCGAGAAGAGGUCCCUGGAAGCCUACUUCGCCAUCCAGCCCCGUCCCUCCUCGGAAAAAAUCGCGGCCAUCGCGGAGAAACUCGACCUCAAGAAGAACGUGGUCCGGGUCUGGUUCUGCAACCAGAGACAGAAACAGAAACGAAUGAAAUAUUCCGCUGGGAUUUAAAAGUCUCCGGGGGCUGGCUUUCUUUCUUGUUUUUUGUUUUUUAAAUAAAAUAAAACAAAAAAACUAAAAUCAGCAACAAGACACAUUUUAAUGAUUCGCUAUAGUGAGAGAGAGAGGGGCAGAGAAGCACAGAGGCAAAAAGACCUAGGGAGAGAGAGAAAGAGACUGGCAAACAAGAAGUAAAUUGUCAAGUUUAGGAAAGUUCCCCCUUGGAGAGACCCCCUGCUUGUUCACAGUGACUCAGUAUCACCCAGAGACUGACUUGUUGAAGGCAGAUCAGAAAUCCUUUUUAAAGGACCGAAGACGUACCAAGUAAGAUUUGUUUUUAUUCUUAAAGACAUCACCUAUGUUCAAAUUAAAAAAAAAAAAGUACACUUUGCAACUAUUUUUCAGAGAAUAAAUUGACUCCAGACUGAAACUUUAGAGCUGAGGCUUAU